AAGUAUAAUGUGUUGCUGGGAAUGGCAUGCAUUGAGUUUCUGCUCAUAUGUGCGUGUGUUUCUAUAGAAGUAUGAGUUUUGGAAUCAGGUCUGCUCUACACAAUGCACAUCACAUCUGGAGUGGAUUUGGAGAACAGAACAGAACAGAACAGAAAGAUGGAUAAUAGCUGGCUCUGCUUUCCAAUCAAAGCUACACACACUCAGCAAUAUGACUCCAGAUUGUUCUGCAGGCAAAUAUGUGUGAUGCUGAGGGCUGAAGGCUUGUCGUUCAUAAGAGCAGAUAAGGUCAUAAGGGUAGAUAAGGAGAUAGACAAAGCAAGAAAAAUGAAAACAGUUCAGAUAUCAGACUGAGAGGAAGUGAUAAAGCAAAGAUGAUUUAGCUUCACUCUGCUCUCUAUAUCUUAAGCAGAACCAUCAAGCAUUGUUUUAACUAGUAUGAAAUGAAAAGAUAAAGAGGAGGAAAAAAAGAAGCCAAUUUAGACAGAUUUAGACAUGUCAAGUCAAGCCGUUGAAUGUGUUAAUAUAAUGAAAAGCAUCUUAAUGUGAGCUGGCACAAUCCAUGGUCUGAUGAAAAGAACUGCACUUUAAUCGUUAUGAAUAGUUGAAGAAAAAUAUCAGACAUUACAAAUGGAAGUUAGAAAAUAAGAUUGUGGUGAAGACGUUUAGUUUGGUCUGGAGUCUCUGAACCCACACUGGAGGAAUUCCGCAAUGUGAAACGACAGUGGAACACAGAGAGCUGUGAUAAAGAAAUAUGAGGAGAUAAGGAAGAUGAGGAAGUGACUGCAAGUGGGCAGGCUGGUGCGUUUUAUAAAUCCUGUCUGUCCAGUCUCCUGUGAGUGUCCUUAACUCAGCAUCUCUGAGUUAAAUUUGGAAAAUGAAACUGUUUUUAUUCAGUGUGUGAUUUAAUUGGUGUAUAAUUCUGGAAUAUGUUCAAGUCAUCUUUUGCUGCUAUAUGGUAUGUGGACAAAAUGUGUGACGUAAAUUUCCAAUGGAUAUCCUGUUAUUGUCAAUGUGUGAGCACACUAAGAGCAGACCUUCUUUUUGUUACAGAGACAGGUCAGUUAUUAUGAGCUAUUAAUAGGAUGUAGGAACAACAUUCACUGACUGAUUGAGUCACAGGAUUGUAUUUAGGAAUUUACAAUACAGGUUUGAAAGAACAAAAAGGAAUCUCCAUAGAAAUAUAUUGAAAAGAACAAGGCUAAGAUCCCCCCCAAAGGCAGGCAGGCAGACAAGCAAGCACUUGGCCAGCUAUUGUUAGAGCUGAAUGCAGGAUUGUGUCAAUCAAAAAAAGAGUUUUGUCUACUUUUUAACAAGUUGAAUAUAAGACCUUGUAUAACGUUUACUCAAACUGUCAUCAGUGGAGCUUCCACUGACUAUUCGUUGGUGGCAUGCAGGACUUGUCCAAUUAUUUAGUCCACUUAAAUCAACCACUGUUAUGACGUUCAUCUGCCUUCACUUUUGAGUGCAUUGCCCCAGGCCCAAAAUCCACUCAACAAUCAAAAGAACCAAGUCCCAGCCCAACAUUCGUCUAUUUUGCUAUAGUCCGUUACACUUGAAUGUAGAUCACAGUAUGGUAUAAAUAAGAUGUUGAUAUUUGCAUUUAAUCACAUUUUAAUUUAAAUUGAGUUCCUAAAGAGUUGAAAAUGCAUCUCUGUUUUAAUAUGUGAUGACAAACAGUUAUCUGUUUUUGAGUAUGUGCGAUGGGAAUAUGGGUUUGAAUAAGGAGACAUUCUCGCAGUAAUGGGUUAUGCGAGUGUUGGAGGGUGUGAUAACCUCCUCUUAUGAGUCACCGCGAGCGUGUGUGAUGCGCUACAGACUCCCUCCGCUCCGCUGUCCUUCAGCAAACACGGAAGAAGCGGAAGAACACAGCGGCACACGCCAAAGAAUGACCUGGAUACCGCGAGUGUGGAUAUCAACGUCGCUCCAGAUCCACGGAGUCCAGUCCUGUGCGCUCUGUUUCAGCCAGCAGUGAUGUGAGGUUUCUACUGGAUCAGCAAAUACUCUCUGUAUAGGCAGACUGGACGCUCAGUGUCUAAAAUGAUGUCAGGAUUGUUGUCCUGAUGGGAAAACUAUCCUUCUGGAUGUGGCCUUCAAAUGUGAAUUUUCCACAAGAAAGGAACCAAAGAGCAUCCUGACUUUGUCAAGUUGGAUUGAUUUUAAUGCCAAGUGCAUUGUGAUUUUCGUCUCUCCUUCACGUGUACGGUCCAUUUAUUCUUUCCGCCUUUCCUUUCUUCCAUUCACCCUGCUGCAAGGUCUGUUUCUCUGUUGUGCAGGAGGACGCGGAGGGUCCGACAUGUCUGCCAAGGCUCCCAUAUACCUUAAACGAAGUAGCCGUAAAGGAAAGAAGGAAAAAUUGCGUGACAUUCUUUCCUCUGACAUGAUCAGUCCUCCGCUGGGAGACUUCAGACACACCAUCCACAUUGGCAAUGGUGGGGGUGCAGAAGAUCUUUUUGGUGACCUGUCUUUCCUACAAGGUAAAUUUCACCUGUUACCAGGGCAACAAGGUCACCAGGGGUCUUCCCAGCUAAGUCGCACAGCGAGUGUAAGAAAUCCCCCGCCGUCCUGUGAUAACUCGCCCCUCUUAAAAAAUGCCCUGUCUCUUCCUAUCAUUGGAGGGGUGCAGGCGCUCACCCUUCCAGCCCCGAUGGCCACAGCCCCUCUGACUUCAACAGCAAUGGAGACCCCUGAGGUCCCGACAGCACCGACAACGGCCCAGUCACCCCCAACAUCUCCAUCUCUCGCUCCACCUCCCAAACCUCCCAGACUGCACCUGGAAGAGAGGAUCGUGUCACGGCAUUCAUCACUUCCUGCAUCUACAAAACGCUCUCCACUUCAUCUGCACACAAAUGGACAAAGACCAGAUCCUGAGGAAAAUGAGAAGUGUGUGAAGGAUAGGGAUGAGGCGGAGAAGCCAUAUCUGACCAACGCUGGCUCGAUGCUUUCCCUCCAUCUGGACUUGGGGCCAUCGAUCCUAGAAGAUGUGCUUCAGAUCAUGGACAACCAGAGGACAGGGACAUUCAGUGGGGGACUUAAACCUCGUGGACGACAAGAGAUAUAUACCUGAAAGUGAUCAAGAUAUCAGAAUCAAAGCUCGAUGGUGCAUAAAUGGACUAAUCGCAUUUUUCUUCAUGUAUCAAAACAGUUUGCCUUGUGAAAGAACUCAUUUACCUGCUGUACAAUUGCAUUUCCUGGAUAUUUUGAAAUUGUAUGCUUAUUAUACAUAUAAUCUUUGAAAAAGACCUUUGGAAGCUACAGGAUUGGAACCGAUGUGAAUUGAAUCGAUCGUUGGAUUUCUCUGUGUUCAUAUAGAUUGUUUUACUUCCUCUCUGUUUGUUUUGGACUACAAGCAAUACACUAACUCUGGCUACUCUUCGAUACAUUAUGAAACAUCUGAAAACAUUUUAGCAAGCUCAUCUAAUACUACCUGCAGUGUGUAUGUACUAUUACAGAGCAACAUGCUAUAGGCCUCCUGGAUUCACUUCAGAAAAAAAAAACGAAAACUUUUUCUCUUUCAAAGCAGCAAUGACAUCAUCCUCCCCCCCUUUCUGUGUUGUUGCAAUUUGUGUAAUUGGGUAAAAAUGCGCAGCUCCUCCCCAAUGAUCUGGACACACACACAUGCCAGGAGGCCUCUGCAUCUACACCCUGGGAUUGGAGCUUUCUCUUCUUGUUGGGAGUUUUUUUUUUUUUUAUUGUUCCAAAACAAAACCCAAAGGUUGUUUUUUGAUGGAGCAGGAAUAUGGAAUGUUUCCUUUCAUAAAAUACAAUUUUUUUACUGUGUUUGGUUGUUGUUGAGGUGUCUACAAUCCCCGAGGCUUUGACAGAUGAUCACUUUUCUUAGGCAGCAGUGUUUUUUUUUCUUCUCUGACUGAGUGGUGGGGCCUUAAAAAAGGGCUUGUUACCUUUGUUUGCCCCAUGCAUGUAAUUCACCCCACAUGGGUUAAUAAUACUCAGUGCUUCCUGUUCCCAGAUUUAGACCUAUUAGUAUUAUUUUGUCAGAUUAUAAAUUCAAAUAAGUAACAUCAUCACCACCAACAAGUUAUGAACUUACCCCAAAGUGCAUCAAACGGUCAACAAGAGCAAACAUUAACAGAAAUAGUCAUAUUGCAAACAACUUUAUGAUGCUACCUUUGUACUAUCUUUAGUAAAAGCAAUAAAAAAAAUCUACUGUGUUCAAUUAAACUCAUAAGUUCUAAUAUAAAAAAAUAUAAAAAAUCGAUUUGAGAUUUGAAAACAAUCUCACAUUUUUCUCUUCUCAAAAGCUUUGCUCUAAGUAGCAAGUGUUUCUGGGAAUUAUUUUUGUAAGCAUGAGGACUAAUUUCAUUACACUAAAUAUUAUCAUAACUCUUGGUAUUUAUUAGUAUUUAUUUUUUUUAACUUACCCCUACUAACUUUUUUUUAAUUGGUGACGUAAACAGUUCUCAAAGCCAUUUUACUCCUCAGACGAGACAAAAGAUAAUGUUGAAUAUGAAAAUAUUUUCACAUUUGCCUUUUUUAAAGUUUAUAUAGCUCAUAUAAACAGUUGUAUUUAAUUAAGGGUGAUCAGGGUUACUGAGGAUCUUAUGAUUUUGCAUCAUUGAGGCACUAUUACAACAAUAAAACAAACAAAAAAAACAAUAAAUAAAAGUUCUUUUAUAAAUAUAAAUAUAGAUGGGUACUUGUAUAUAUGUAUAAAUAGGCAGAUGCUUUGUACACAAUUUAUUAAUCAUAUCUAAAACACUUUUCUGCUCCACCACAGCAGAAUACUGUGAUCAUUCAUGUUGUUUAAUAUUAAUGCUAAUAUUUUCAUUUUGUGAAAAAUACUGACUUGGAUUUUAUAUUCAAUUGAAAAUGUGAUAUUCAUAUAUUAUUGACAUUACUCAUUUCACAAAUACCUUACAUUCCUGACAAAGACUUUUAACCAUGAAAAUGCAUUAUAUACACAUAUGUUUUUAGACUGGAGGGGGAGCAGCUGUAUCUCUGUGAGAAAUAUUAUAGCAUUGCUGCCUUAUCAACAAAAGUAAAUCAUUAAUUGCUUUGACUACACGUUAACCUCAUGUCAUGUGCCUCUAUAGCGCUUGUUCAGAUCUGCACCAGGAGACAUUUUUGCCCAUGCCUUGGUUUUUAUUGGGCUUUUAUUCAGAUGCUGUACCUGGCUGUCAAGUGGAUGUUUGCUGCUGUACACACUACAAGACUUACAGGAUAAGACAGAAACAUAAUGUAGCUCUUCCAUUUUCUGCACAGGCCCUGGGAAUCUUUCCAACUGGCUUAAACACAGAGCAGCCCAAGUCCCUGACCGUACGAUCACAAUACCAUGGGAACUCCAGCGAGAAAGAGGUGGAGAGGUUGGAGAGAGUUGGAGGAAAAGAGUAUGGGCGGAAAAGGGUUGAGGGAAGGCGAACAAGGGCCAGGAUGAAGGAAAAGAGGGAGUGAAGAUUUGUAGAAGAGCAGAUGUAUUUGGUAUCAAAAAGGAGACCAUGGUUCACAAUCAGCAAGUAAUGUAUUGUCAAAACACGCUGCACUUUUAUAAAUAUUUUAUUAAAAGAUCAACAGGGUGAGGCUCCUACAAUCAACUCAGACAAAAGGAGAUCAUCAUAACCGGCUGAUCUGCAUUCUGAUCUUAAAUCAAAUUAACGUUUCACAGCGUAAUACUGGUUUAGCUGGCUCCUUUUUUCAUGUAAUAAUUUCUGUGCAGUCAUCGUGAGCCACGCUGUCCCUAGCAAAUCCAUAUUUAAAGAGAUACUUCACCCAAAAAGGUAAUUUACUCACCCUCGUAUUGUUCCAAAACUGUAUGACUGACUUUCUACUGUUGAACACAAAAGAAGAAAUAUUUCAGUCUUUUAUUUCUCCAGGUAAUUACAUUUAGUGUGGUCUGAUGUUCUUUUGAUCCUUCUGACAUUCAUUGUAAAUGAAAAAAAAA